GGGCCGCCGGGGCCGCGGUCACCACGGCGACAGCGGCGGCGGCGGCAUGGCGGGGGCGGCCGUGCGGCCCGUGGCCGUGUUCGGCUGCCGGCCGCGGGUGGCCGGCGGCGUCUGCUUCCUGGAGGAGCGGGUGGUGCUGCACGCCGCGGGGGCGGGCUGCCUGCGCCUGCACCUCGAGCACAAGUGGCACAACUUCAUCCCAGGCACGGAGAAGAGCCGGGGCGUGCAGGCGCUGGCCGUCAGCCCCGACCGGCGGUUCGUGGCGCUGUCGGAGGCGGCGGGGGAGCAGCCGGUGCUGGCGGUCUAUGAGCUGACGGCGGAGCGGGCGCGGCGCCGCAAGGUGCUGGCCGCCGAGGAGCUGCCGGCGCGGCAGGCCGUGUCCCUCGCCUUCUCCCCCGACUGCCGGCUCCUGGCGGCCGCCUCGGCCCCCCCCGAGGGCCACCUCAGCUGCUGGCUCUGGGAGAAGCAGCAGCUGUUGGCGGCCGUGCUCCUGCCGGCCGCGGGCGGCGGCCCCUGCCAGGUGAGCUUUAAUCCUCAAGACAACACCCAGGUUUGUAUCACUGGAAAUGGUUUUUUUAAACUUUUCAAGUACAGUGAAGGAUAUUUAAAGCAGAUGAAUUUACAAAGGGGACAGCCAGAAAACUACUUGUGCCACACCUGGCUGUCUAAGGAGGAAGUUAUAUGUGGCACUGACACAGGCAAACUUAGCUUGUUUGAAACUGGAGAGCUGCACUGGGAGAAAAGUUUGGAGUACAGAAAAACACCCAGGAAUCAAGAAGAAGAUACAACAGAAGAAUAUGAGAGUGGACUGGCCUUUGAAGAUAAUGAUUUACAACAGCAUUCUUUGCCUCAAAUAUCUGCAGUUGCAGCAUAUUCCAAAGGUUUUGCAUGUUCACCUAGCCCAGGAGUUGUUCUUCUGUUCGAGAAGACCGGUGAAAACGAGGUCUACGAGGAGAGGCAAGAAGUCUGGCUGCCUCAGGACCAGUUUAGCACUGAGCCAAAAAAGUCAAGCAGACAGGACAUUACAUGUAUAUGCUUCAGCCCUUCUGAGGAAAUAAUGGUCGUUAGCACAAAUAAAAAUCAGCUCUACAUGUUUACUAUGUUCUCCACCAAACUUAUAAGGGAGAAGAUAUCAUAUUUUGCAUAUAUGAAUUUCCCAUUGCAUUCUAAUUCAAUCACUGGUCUGGACAUGUGUAUUUGGAAACCCAUUCUUGCUACGUGUUCCCUGGAUAGAUCUGUCCGCAUCUGGAACUACAAGACAAAUACUUUGCAGCUGUGUAAGGAGUAUCAGGAGGAAGCAUACACAGUAUCACUUCAUCCCACUGGCCUUUUCUGUUUGAUUGGGUUUUCUGACAAACUACGAUUUGUAAGUCUCCUGUAUGAGGAUAUGCAUGUUUUGAAGGAGUUUGCUGUGAAAAAGUGUAGAGAGUGCUCAUUCAGUAAUGGAGGCCAUCUUUUUGCUGCAGUUUAUGGAAAUGUGAUUCAAAUUUAUUCCAGCAUCACCUUUGAGAAUGUUACUAAUCUGAAAGGACAUACUGGGGAGGUGCAUGCAAUUAAAUGGAGUGCUGAUGACACUAAAUUUGUCUCCUGUGACACACAUGGUGCUGUGUAUGAGUGGAAUUUGUCGACAGGUAAAAAGGAGUCAGAGUGUGUGCUCAAGACCUGCAUGUACAGCAGCAUUUCCCUGACUUAUGAUGCCAAAAUUAUCUUUGCUGUUGGAUCUGACCAAACUCUCAAAGAAAUUUCAGAGUCUUCGAUCCAGCAUGAGGUGCCUGCCUACGACGUUGUUUAUACGACUGUCGCUGUCUCUCGUUCCGGGCGUGUGAUAUUUGUUGGCACCUCCCUGGGGACAAUUCGAGCUAUGAAGUACCCAUUAACUCUGAAGAAGGAUUUCAGCGAGUACCAGGCCCAUGCAGGUGCUGUCACAAAGAUGACAAUAACAAGUGAUGACCAAUUUCUACUGACUGCCUCAGAGGAUGGCUGUGUAUUUAUCUGGAAAGUGUAUAAUAAAGAAGGUGGGGGAGUUAAAGGAGAGCAGGAACUUGAGUAUGCUGACGAAGUGUUGAUCAUGAGAUCAGAUAUAGACGAGAAGAGUCAGGCAAUACUAGACCUGCAGAUUUGUGUGAGAGAUCUAAAGACAGAAAGUGAUUACGAGCUACGUCUCAAGGACAUGUACUGUGAAGGAAAAAUUAAAGCAUUGGAAGAUAAUUUCGCUCAGGAAAUAGACUCCCUUAAAACUAAGCACCAGAUUUUACAGGAAGAGAAAGAAAAACAGCAGCUACAAUACGAGGUUCAACUGUCUGAGCUGAUGGAUAAACAGGCCAGGGAGGUGCAACGGCUAGAAUCUGACAGUAGUCAGAAACUCUCAAUGGAAAAUGAGAAAUACCAGGAGCUUCAGGUGAAAUCUCAGAAGAUGGAGGAGGAAUAUGAGAAACAAUUGCACAAGUUGGAGGAAAGCAAAAUCAGGGCUGUGGCAGAGCUAAAAGAACAUUAUGAGAAAAAACUUAAACAUAAAUCUGUUCUGCUGGAAGAGGCAAAGGAGAGUAUAAGGAAGCAGAUUGAAGCACAUGAAGAAAUGGAGAAACAAAUUUAUGAAGAUGGAGACAAAGAAAUCUUAGAACUCAAAGACAAGUAUGAGAAACAGCUCUUGGAAGAAAAGGAGUCCAACAUGCAACUGAAAGGAGAAAUAGGAGUCAUGAAUAAAAGGUUGAACAGCCUGCAGAAAGAGCUCAAGGACCGAAACAGGGAUAUUGAGGAAAUGAGACUGGAACAGCAGAAGCUGCAAGACAUCAUUAAAUCACUGGAAAAGGACAUCUUGGUACUAAAGACAGAUGUUAAAGAGAGAACUGAAACUAUUCUAGAGAAGGAAAAGCAUGUAUAUGAUCUAAAAAUGAAAAAUCAGGAACUGGAAAAUUUCAAGUUUGUACUGAGUUACAGAAUAGAGGAGUUUAAGAAGCAAAUAGAGUCACGUGAAAAUGAUAUUGAGACAAUGAAGAAACAGAUCAGUGAGAUGGAGGAGCAGCUGGAACAAUUCCGCAAGGAGAGCGUAGGGCUGAAGCUGACCAUCACACAACUGCAACAGAAACAGAAGGCAACUGCUGGUGAGGUGCACAGAGAGAUGGAAAAGAAACAAAAUAUGGAAACCCUCAUCAAACGAUUUAAGGCAGAUCUUCUUAAUUGUGUGAGAUUCAUUAACGAUUCCAAAAAAAUGAAAGCUGGUAUCCAUGAACUCUACACCAAGUAUGUGCAUCAGCCAGGCAUGGUGGAGGCUCAAGCAGAAGAUGCAGAUUUGCAGCAGCAGUACAAGAAACAGCAAGAGUAUAAUGAGAGGAAUUUGGCAGUUUUAAGGAAGAAGGGUAUGAAGGAUAAGGAAAUGCACCACACUGCUUACAUGCGUAUCAUGCAGGAAAAUAUGAGUCUGAUUAAGGAAAUUAAUGACUUGAGGCAAGAACUGAGGGUGGCCAACGCGCAGGUGCACGACCUCCAGUCAGCACUGAGAUUAAACAAGAACAAAAAGUCAAUUCAAGACACAGCUCCCUCCAGUGAACUUCUGUCCGGCCCAGCUGUCCUGAGGUUGAAUCCAGAGCUGGAAAGGGAAAAAAUCAUAGAAAUGCAACAGCUAGAAAUUCAGUAUCUGCGAGACCAAAUCCAGGAGAUGGAGCAAGCCCUGAACUGUCCAGGUUCAGUCUCUUUCAGUCCGAAAUCUUCCUGACCUGAAUCUGGAAGAAGCCACAAGACACAGCAAAACUGAUGUGGUUCAAGAAUGCCUCAUAUUAUUAUAUCCUCCUGGCAAGAUCAGAAAUGCAAGAGCAUAGAGCAGACUUACAUGAUCCUAUACUAUUCCACUAGGAGCAUUUAUGAAACAAUCAGUCCUCUAAGCACUUCUUCUACUUUCCUGAAAUCUGCCCUUUUUAUGAGACUUAGUAGCAAAAAGAAAAAAACUAAAUUCAUAUUAGUGUAAGACUAAUCUUUGUGCCUUCAUGCUAGGUACUCAUAUUUCACUUGAGAAUUAAUGUGUCCUAACUCAGAAGAGUUGGUCAACCUGUAAGCCUUUUCUGCUAGAAUUCUAAUUUGGUGUCAUUGUGCUGCAAAAUACAACAUCAGCCUUUUAUUUUCCAAUAUUAAAUUGCCUGUGUCCAUACAAAGGACUGCUGCUCUUAAGACCAAUGUCAUUGUUAUUCUAAGCAGGUAUCCAGUCACAGAUUAGCAAUCAAUUACCUUGUAAGGGCAACCUUUGACUCGAGCUAGAGUCUCUAGAGGCCUUGGCUUUCUGUCUAGAGAUGUGUUGCCUCAUCUGCUACAAUAAUUUCAUCAGGACAAAAAAGGCAGCCCAGUUUCAAAUUCCCAAAAUCUGGAAUAAAGUCCAAACCUUAUGUCAUAA